GGCGUCGCGCUCGGGGCGCAAACGCAGGCGUUAAGGUUGAGCGCCGAGUUGCCAAUCGGAGUCGAGCAGGCGAAGGGGGAACACCGAGUCAUCGGUCAGGGGCGCCGCACCCCCGGCGCCAUCUCCCGGACCUGAAGAGCCCGCCCAGGUCAGCGCCCAGCUCCCUCCUGCCAGCCAGGGAGCCCGUGUGUCCCUGUCCGCUGCUGCUGAGGGCCGGGAGGCUCUUCCGCAGGCCGCCAGGUCAGGGCAGCAGGGGUCACCUGUGCGCAGUGCUAGCUCUGCUUCCCAGGUCUCCUGCUGUGGCCCCCGGAGCCUGCAGGAUGUUUCACGGGAUCCCAGCCACUCCAGGCAUGGGAGCCCCUGGGAACAAGCCCGAGCUAUACGAGGAGGUGAAGCUGUACAAGAAUGCCCGGGAGAGGGAAAAGUACGACAACAUGGCUGAACUGUUUGCGGUGGUGAAGACCAUGCAGGCCCUGGAGAAGGCGUACAUUAAGGACUGCGUCACCCCCAACGAGUACACAGCAGCCUGCUCCCGGCUCUUGGUCCAGUACAAAGCCGCCUUCCGGCAGGUCCAGGGCUCAGAGAUCAGCUCCAUUGAUGAGUUCUGCCGCAAGUUCCGCCUGGACUGUCCACUGGCCAUGGAGAGGAUCAAGGAGGACCGGCCCAUCACCAUCAAGGACGACAAGGGCAACCUCAACCGCUGCAUCGCUGAUGUCGUCUCGGUGAGCCACAGCUAUGCCAUUGGCUGGGUGUCGUGGGGAGCAUUGAGGCAGCCCCUGCAGGCCCUGCACAGUCGUGAGGGGUGGGGCUUAGCACCUUGUCCGGUGCAGAUCCAGCCUGACCUACGGGAGCUGAUGGAGACCAUGCACCGCAUGAGCCACCUGCCGCCCGACUUCGAGGGCCGCCAGACGGUCAGCCAGUGGCUGCAGACCCUGAGUGGCAUGUCGGCGUCCGAUGAGCUGGACGACUCGCAGGUGCGUCAGAUGCUCUUCGACCUGGAGUCCGCCUACAAUGCCUUCAACCGCUUCCUGCAUGCCUGAGCCAGCUGUGGCCAUGGCCUGGCGGGGGCUGCGGGGCCCCUCCCUCAUCCCCUACAUGUGCCCUGCAUGUCAGGGAGUCUCACUGUCCCCAGCAGCCGUGUCUAUGUCUGCCCAUCAUGUCAGGACAGCAGGGUCCCUUCCCCUCAAUAAAGAUGCCAUCUGACCUCCA